GGGAUUCUUUGGAGGUGGGUGGGCGGCAUCAAAAGUAUUAGAUUAAAAGCCCCGCCUUCAAACAAUGCAAUGCUCUAUUCUUUUUUAAGUCUAGGAAGAAAGGACGGUUUUAGAGAGGAACUACAGCUCCCAGCAUGCCUUUCUUCCGCCAACUAUCGUGUGUGAGGCCCACAGUUCCCAGCAUGCUCCACAAUGGAGAGCUGGGGGGGGGAGAAACUACACUUCCCAGAGUGCCCUGGGAGUCACAGUCUAAAGUGGGGCAAAAUGGCUCCCGUGGAGCACGUCGUGGCUGAUGCUGGAGCUUUCCUGCGUGGAGCCCCGCUUCAGGACAUUGGCAAGAACAUCUACACAAUCCGAGAGGUGGUGACUGAGAUCCGAGACAAGGAGACCCGCAGGCGGUUGGCAGUGCUGCCCUAUGAGCUCCACUUCAAGCAGCCUUUUCCUGAAUAUGUAAGGCUUGUGACGGAGUUUUCCAAGAAGACAGGUGACUACCCCAGUCUUUCAGCCACAGACAUCCAAGUCCUGGCCUUGACCUACCAGCUGGAAGCAGAAAAUGUUGGUGUGGCUCACUUGAAGAAAGAGCCAGAGCAGAAGGUAAAACUCAGCUCAACAAAGCAGCACCCUGAGACACCUGUUCACGUUGCUGGCUUCCAUCUACCUUCCAAGACCAAGUGCGCAGGAGGUGAGAAGAAUCCUUCCGUAGUGGGAAGCAGAAACUCUGCAGACUCCACAGGCCCUGAAACCUCUGAGUUUGGUUCCUUCCUGUUCUGGAGGAACCCUCUGCCCAGCAUCGAGGAGGACCUACAGGACUUGCUGAAAGCGGAUGCUGUUGUUAUUGUGCCGGAGGACCCCAAAGGCAACAAGAGUAGUGGUGAGGAGGAGGAGCAGAGUGGAGAGGACAGUGAUGACGAGGAAGGCUGGAUCACGCCUAGCAACAUCAAGCAGAUCCAACAGGGCAUGGGCCAGGCUGAUGAGCCAGCUGGUGUGCAGGUUGGCUGUGUCACCACCGACUUUGCCAUGCAGAACAUUCUGCUGCAGAUGGGCCUGCAUGUGUUGGCAGUCAAUGGCAUGCUGAUCCGGCACACCCGGAGCUACGUCCUGCGCUGCCAUGGCUGCUUCAAAACCACAUCAGAAAUGACCCGGCUCUUCUGCCCCCACUGCGGAAACAAGACACUUAAGAAGGUGGCAGUGAGUGUGGACGAUGAUGGCACCAUCCACAUGCAUUUUUCCCGGAAUCCCAAGGUCUUGAACCCCCGUGGCCUCCGGUACUCUCUCCCAGCUCCUCAGGGUGGGAAACACGCAAACAAUCCCCACCUGACAGAGGACCAGCACUUCCCCCAGCAACGGCUCUCUCGCAAGGCCAGGCAGAAGACAAACGUCUUUGACCCCGAUUAUAUUGCAGGAGUUUCUCCAUUUGCGGAAAACGACAUCUACAGCCGGGCGGCCAAUCUACAGAUCCGGGAUACGGCGCUGGGUGCAGGCAGGAGGCGUCUGAACCCCAACACAGCCUCCAAAAAAUUUGUGAAAAAGAGAUGAGGUGGGGAGAGAUGCAACCACCCACCUGUCCCACUUGUCAAUGAAGGGAAGACAAGUCUUUUGUUUCCUACAGCUUGUGUGAAGGCAGGACUUUGCCCCUUGGCGCUACUUCCUGACUGCUUCCAAGGCAACAGACACUAGUGUGAAUAAACGGCAAGCAGCAGGAAGGUGGGAGGCAGACUGACAAAGUGAUCUGGAAAGUGAGAGUGGCCCUCGUGUGGCAGAAUCCAUGUGCUGCGCUCAGGUCUUGGGUGCAUUCUAAUGCAAAAGACUCAGCAGCGGUGGCUGCAUGUUUUGUUUUGUUUUUUAAUAAACCAGGGUGUCUGCA